GAUGUCAGCCAUUCUUCGUUCGAGCGAGCGCAUUGAAAGAUGUUCUUUCUCGACCCGGUGAUUUUCACUGUUCUGUUUCACAUAAAACCGCGAGGGUUCUUCAAUUCGCUCGUUCCAGGGUGACACACAGUUGCAUCGAGUAAUCCGAAGACGCGCGACGUGCGUGCAUGCAUGCGUGCAUAUGUCUUCGUGUGCGAGAGGUGCCUUUUGCCCGCGAAAGGAGUUUUCGCGAGUUGUCAGUUUAGUGGUGUGUGAUUAUUAAUAUUAUCUCAUCUUUAUAAAUGUCAAUCACGUGUGUUUAAGUGUUUCGUAUUAUUCAAGUUGACAGCAUAUCCGCAUUGCCGGCUCUCAAAAAAUAUACAAAACAGUUAAUGACACUCGAUAAGAAUUCGCGGUGCCGGUGGAGGAACUAACCUCCCACAUCCCCCCUUGGAAACAUUAAUAAAAACUCCUUUUAUCUUUCAUUCUUUUUCAAAGUGUUUAUAAAGAAAAAUAAUCAAAAAUGAAAUUAUUCAAGGAACCCGUGUCAACAAUUCCAAUGUUAGUCGUUAUUUUAUUGUGUUUGUGCAAAAAUAACGUGGGAUUCACACGUUUUCGACGAACGAUUAAGGAUAUUAAUAAUGAGACGACUGAUUGUCAUAGUGUGAAGAGAUUUUUUGACAGUCAAAAUAUAACGAUAGCAACGCUUGAUGAACCUCUUGGGAAUGCAGACACCAUUUGCAAUGGAAAGUGUUGCAAUCGAGAGGCAGAGGAGCAUCUUCGACAUCAGGCAAGAGCAGAUUUUCACAACCUGAUCCAUCAUCAUAGUCGAAGUCUCCAGGGUCUUUUGGCAACCACAGCAGAUGCCUUAAGGGAAACCGUAACAGCAUUGGCUCGACAAUCGGAGAAUAAAACAUUAAUUCUCUUUGACCAGGUGUACCGAUCAAUAGCCGUAUUGAGCAGACCGUCGAUCAAAGCUCUCUAUCAAGCAAUGGUGGAUUAUGUCUCGCCGAGAAAUACACCUGACACCCUUCAGCAACCGCUUUCACGUGACAUGCUGCAGGAGCGAUUCACCGAGUUCUUUAUGCAACUCUUUCCAAUUGCCUACCAUCGUACCGUAAAUCCAAGUCAACAGGAUUUCACGGAUAAAUUUAAGGAUUGCCUUUAUAAAACGAUGGACGAUAUACAGCCAUUCGGCGACAUCCCAAAGCAAAUUUCACGUUCAGUUGCAAAGAGUCUUGAAGCAACGCGUGUUCUUGUUCAGGCAUUAACGCUCGGCAAAACGGUUCUUGAUAAAACUGACAGUGUAUUAUUCUCGGGAGCGAGUCAUCAUCAAUCAAAUUGCUAUAGAGCUUUAUUGAGAAUGACACAUUGUCCAAAAUGCAAGGGGAUAUCGUCGUCUGUGAGAACGUGCAAGGGCUUUUGUACGAAUGUCGUCAGGGGUUGUCUGACGGAACCAGCAUCGGAGCUCGAUUUAGCGUGGUCUGGUUACGUGGAAACGGUUGAAAGACUGGUUAUUGCUGUCGACGGUGUUAGCGAUACUCUCGGCUUGAACGCCGAAAAGGCGGUCAGACAGCUGGACACCCGCAUUUCGGAUGCCAUUAUGCACGCAAUGGAGAAUGGGCCCGCACUCGAGGAAAAGGUUCGCAACGCCUGUGGUCGACCGGAAUUCCAACCGUUGAAGGACCUGGAGUCAAGUGUGACUGCAACGACAGUAAAAAGCGGCCGAUUGUCGUCGUCAUCAAUGUUGGAGCAGCACAUAAAUAUUGGAGCGAAUCAUCCGCAAGCGUUUUCGUCAUCUCACAGGACAUCAUGGUCAACGCAAUUGCACGUGCAACUUGGCAAUUUUUUGGCGAGCGUCGUUAGAUCGCGCUCAUUUUAUGGAACUCUCGCCGACAAUAUUUGCGAGGAAUAUCCCGACGACAGCUGCUGGAAUGGCGAACGAGUUGGAGAGUAUGUGAAGACCGUCGUUGAUUCAAGUCUUCUUGCUCAGAAGUACAAUCCAGAGUUUACGUUAUCGGCAUCAUCAAGUAGUGCAGCCGAUGGAGGCAGUCGUCACGACAAUAGCAAUAGCAAUACCAGUGUUUUAAUUGACCAGCUCAGGCAUAUUAACCAAGUGGUCCAAUCACAAUUAUCACUAGCGCCUGAUAUUGGAAUGCCAUUGGCUGACGAGGCUUUUGACGGAUCGGGCAGUGGUGGAGCUAGAGCACGAGGAGGAAAUGACAAUGAGGAGGAUUACGAGUACGAGAACAAAAAUGAUUAUGGUUAUAAUGGCGACGACGAUGAUGAUGAUGAUGAUGAUGAACACGAGGCCUCUGGAUCAGGAAUGGGUCCAACAACAUUAGAUCCAUCGCAUGAGGAAAAACGUCCAGGCGAAGAAGAAAAACCAGCAUCAAAUUCAAUGAUGUUAUCGGUAUCAAUCUUUACUUUCGUCACCGUCAUCAUUUCACUGGUGGCUUAAUUUUUGGCAUUAACUAUAUUAAUAUAAAGAGAGAAGCACAAUGAGAAGCAGGACGAAUUCUCGAUGCUUGGUGCAACUUGAUGAUGGGAAAGGAUUCUCAAAGAUUCUUGAGGCAACAUUCGCGAGAUGAGAAAGAAAGAGUCGAUCUGUAUUGUUGCGGUCAACGAACGCAAAGAAAGGAUGAAUUUUCUUCAGUUAAAAUAACAAAAAAAGAGGAAAUAACCAGAGAUAAUGAAUAAAUCUCGAGGUAAUAAAUGUUUUUUUUUUGCACUCGUGACCAAAAUUCUGUAUUCAAAUAGUUUCGGUUUAUAUAAAAUGUAUAAUUGUAUAAAAUAUAUACAUUAAAUGUAUAUUCAAAAUAUUCAUAAUAUAUAUUCAAAAUAUAUAUUCAAAAUAUAUAUUCAAAAUAUAUAUUUUAUACAUUUUAUAUAUUUUAUAAUACUAUAUUUAUAAAAACAACAAAAAUUUUAGGAUGAUAUCUAAACUCAGGGACCGUUAAACGCGAGAUAGACGCACGUGUGACCUUCCAACGAUUUAUUUCAAUGGACGUAAAAGUUUUCAAUCAAAUUUUAUUUUUAAUAUUUCUAAAAGCUUUUAUUAUUUAUUUAUUUUUCUUUUCAACUAAAUGCGACAUUUUGUCGCAUUUAAUUUUAUAGAUUUUCACAAUCAUUUUCUAAUACUUUAAAAAAUGUUUCUUAAUUUAUCGAAUUUUAAUUAUUUUAAUUUAACAAUUUUAAUUUAUCAAUUAAAAUUUGAU